AUGGGCAGCAUAAGGCUUUGGUUGUCGCUAUGUCUCUUUGUUGGGACAAUGGCACCCAUCAUGGGUGAAGACCCUUACUUCUAUUUCACAUGGAAUGUCACCUAUGGCACUCUAUCUCCAGCGGGUGUGCCCCAACAAGUUAUUCUGAUCAACAACGAAUUCCCAGGACCCAACAUCAAUUCGACGAGCAACAACAACAUCGUUGUUAACGUAUUCAACAACCUCGACGAACCUUUCCUCUUCCAUUGGAUGGGGAUCCAGCAAAGGAAGAAUUCGUGGCAAGACGGGGUGGCGGGAACAAACUGCCCCAUUCUUCCGGGGACAAACUUCACAUACCAUUUCCAAGUGAAGGAUCAAAUAGGAAGCUACUUCUACUACCCGAGCUUGGGCAUGCACAGAGCAGCCGGUGGCUUCGGUGGGCUUCGCGUGAAUAGCCGGUUGCUGAUCCCCGUCCCCUACGCAGAUCCAGAGGACGAUUACACCGUCUUAAUCGGUGACUGGUACACCAAGAGCCACUCCACUCUAAGCAAACUCUUGGACAGUGGACGCGCCCUUGGUAGACCCCAAGCCGUCUUAAUUAACGGCCAAAACGCCAAAGGUGACGGAAGCGACCAACCCCUCUUCACAAUGAUCCCCGGAAAGACCUACAAAUACAGAAUCUGCAACGUGGGCCUGAAAAGCUCCCUCAACUUCAGAAUCCAAAACCACCCCAUGAAGCUUGUUGAAUUGGAAGGGUCCCACACAGUCCAAAACCUUUACGAUUCCCUUGAUGUUCAUUUGGGGCAAUGCUUCGGUGUGCUCGUAACUGCUGACAAAGAACCAAAGGAUUAUUACAUGGUUGCUUCCUCCAGGUUCACCAAAACCAUUCUCACUGCAAAGGGUAUCAUCCGUUACACCAACGGCAAGGGCCCUGCUUCCUCCGAAAUCCCUGAGGCUCCUGUGGGCUGGGCCUGGUCUCUUAACCAAUUCCGUUCCUUCCGUUGGAACUUGACCGCUAGUGCUGCCAGGCCCAAUCCUCAGGGCUCUUACCAUUAUGGCCAGAUUAACAUUACCCGCACCGUCAAGCUUGUUAACACCGUCAGCAGGGAAGAUGGAAAGCUUCGUUACGCUCUUAACGGGGUUUCUCAUGUUGAAGGUGACACCCCUCUCAAGCUCGCUGAAUACUUCGGAAUCCCCGAUAAGGUUUUCAAGUACGAUUCUAUUUCCGAUAACCCGGAAAACCUUGCCACCGCUGUUACUGUUCAGCCCAAUGUCGUUCGCUUCGCACACCGCACCUACAUUGAGAUCAUCUUCGAGAACCACGAAAAGAGCGUUCAGUCUUAUCACUUGAACGGUUACUCCUUCUUCGCUGUCGCCAUUGAGCCAGGGAAAUGGAGCCCAGCCAAGAGGAAGAACUAUAACCUUCUUGAUGCAGUGAGCAGGCACACAAUGCAAGUGUUCCCAAAAUCAUGGGCUGCUAUCAUGUUGACAUUCGACAAUGUUGGAAUGUGGAAUCUGAGGUCUGAGAUUGCUGAGAAUCGUUACUUGGGUCAACAACUUUACAUUAGUGUUAUAUCCCCUGAACGUUCUCUGAGGGAUGAGUACAAUAUUCCAGAGAAUUCGUUGAUCUGCGGCCAAGUCAAGGAUCUGCCAAACCCACCACCAUAUACCUAA